AGCAGUUCGUUGUGCUGGGAGAAUUGGCCCUUUGGGUGUUGACAACAGUGCCUGGGAAUUAGAAACACUCAGGAUCCCUGCCUCAAUGCUUCUCAUGCGAGUCCUGAAUGAUCAUCUGGAGGGCACUCCUUCAGUACAGCUCUCCUCAUGUCCCCGUCGGGUGGUCAGGAGUUAAGAGGAGCCGUAGACGGGACAGGUCAGAGGCCAGGCCAAGAUGACAGGCUUCCUGCCCCAGAGGAGACUGAUGCUCCUGUUCCUGCUUUUGAUUCUUGUUCUGGGGAUCUACAUGCUGCAUGCAAAUAUGGACAUGAAGCGGGGGCUUACAGAUGACCAACGCAUUGUCCAGGAUCACAACAGGUUGCCUGGCUCCAAAGAUGACAGCAACAGCUCCUUGGAUUACUGGCCAAAGCAUGAUUUGAUAAUUGCAAGACAAGAAAAGCAAAGGAAAGACACACAGUCAAACACCUUACAAACUGUAGUGCGAACUUCCUCGCAGCAGAAUCUAAACUCUUCAGAUUCUGAAAAAGUGGAGUCUAACCUCACCAAAACGUCAGAGGAACUUAUCAAACAAGCCAAACCCACACAGCCAGACUUCUUCGGCGACAGAUAUGCAACUGAUGAUGUUCCGCUACAAACAAGCUGUCCCAGUAGCAUUCGUAGAAAGGUGUCUCGGACUCCCUUUGCCGAAAAAUUUCUGGAGAAUGUGCCGGUUCUGCAGUGGGCCAAGCAUUUUUCAGAGCAAGAGUACCAGCGUUUAAGCCGCUAUCCAGGAGCCCAUGGAUGGGGCAGUGUAGAUAUGGAUGUUCUGAAGAACUCGCUGGCCAUCUUAAACACUUCAGCCAACCGCGUGAUGUUUGAUGACUGGGAGAGAAGAAGGAACAGGUCGCAGUGUAUCCGCUGUGCUGUAGUGGGGAAUGGGGGAAUCCUGAACGGGUCCAAGAAAGGCCGGGAGAUUGACCAGCACGACUAUGUCUUCAGGACGAAUGGAGCGGUCAUUAAAGGCUUUGAGGAAGAUGUUGGCAGUCGCACUUCUCUCUACACCUUCUCCACCAACACCUUACGCAACUCAAUGCGAAGCUAUGCAGGUGCAGGUUACCAGGGCCCUCCUCUGGGCAAGGAGACCAAGUAUGUUUUCUUGCCUGAUCAUGACCGUGACUACAUCCUCAUGAGGGCAGCGGCCACACACACACUGAUUGAGAAGGGGCCAGAGAAGAGUGCUAAGCCACCCAGUUAUUUUGGAAGUGAUGUGACGGUAGAGAAAUUUAAAAUGUAUCAUCCAGACUUUAUUCGAUACCUUAGAAACAGGUUUCUGCGUUCACACACACUCAACACUAGAUAUAAAGACAUCUACAGACCAUCUACAGGAGCUGUGAUGCUACUGGCAGCUUUUCAUACUUGUGACCAGGUGAGUGCCUAUGGAUUUAUGACCUCGGAUUACAACAAGUACUCGGACCACUACUAUGACAAAACUCACAAUCCAGUGCAUUUCUAUGCCAACCACGACCUGCGGAUGGAGCUGAUGUUAUGGCAGCAGCUACACCAGGCAGGACUGAUUCAGCUCUACAUGCGAACAUAAACCCACAGCGCACAAACUUGGACACUAUCUCAGACUCAGUCACUAGACAAGGAGUCUCCUGCCCCAUGGGAAGUGCGGUGGUAUAAGCUGUGGACAAAUAACCUGUGUCUGCUAUUUGGCCUCUUUGACUGGCCUAGUUCAGCUCAGUAUGCUGUCAAUGGUGAACAAGAAAUUCUUUCAAGACUUUUUUGGUUUUCUUCACGAUUUUUAUUUAUUUACUGUUUAAACUAGGAUACUGAACCCUGGUAAUCAGUGACUCAGGAUCUGUGUGUGUGUGUGUGUGUGUGUGUUUGUGUCUAUGUGUGUGUGUGUGUUUUAAAGGGAAUUGAUUACUGUCCUCAUCUGUUGGGAAUAGAACAUCCUCCCAACACACAGCCCUGUUGCAUAUUGUGGCUGCCACAACAAAAUCUCCCGCCUCUUUUUAAAGUCAUUUUUUUCACUUUUGUUAACAUAAAUCGGACAUUUACUAUCCUUUUUAUGCCCCUCUUGUCACUUUCCAGUGCAGGGAGAUCUGCAGGGCUGUUAAAGGUCUCUAAUAAUCUUGAAGGAUUGGGGAAAUUAGAAAGGAAUCUAAAAGAAGAAAUCUGGAGGUCGUAGAUUUCUUGCGACAACAUUGUCAAAAUAAGCAUGUCCUUUGUUCCAUGUAUACCCUUUUUCAGUUGGAGAAUCUGCUCCAAUGAAGGAGCAGCAGCUGCUUUCAAGGCUGGAAUAGGGUGGAAAUACACAGCACCGGCUGAAGCCAGACAGGCUAUUGUAUUGUCCGUUUUGUUUUCGCCUGUCCAGUUACUGAUCAGUAUAAUGCAACAUGAAGGAGUAACAGCUGGUAAGGUGUUCUAUAAUAGAUAGUAUAAUAUUGUAAGAUGCCUUCAGUUUAAUAUGCCUUAGGAUUUAAGUGCCAUGUUUGUGUGUGUGUGUGUGUGUGUGUGUGUGUGUGGAACACUGUGAAAUGAAGAGGUUUUUUAUUACAUUUUCUGAAGCUUCAGCAAAAAUGCAUCUUACUGAUGCACUCAACCAAAGACUAAUUAAUAAAUAACUUUAAUAAAACAUUAUGAAGCAACUUUUAUACCAAUUACUGGGUACACUGGUGACCUUUUUAGAAACAAAUUGCCCAAUUAAAGACCAUAACGGUAAUAACAGUAGUGGACUUCAGCACAAUGCAAUACAUACAUAUACAGACAUAAUGGUUCAGAUUCAGUGACCUCAACAAUGCCAGAGAGUAAUGCACUGCAAAAAAUAGUAUCUUGUCAAGUGAAAUUAUCUUAACACUGGCCAAUUUAUUUCAAAUGUCUUAUUUUGAAUCUUAUUAUAUCUUAUUUAGCUGGUUUCAAGCACAUUUCUUAAAACAAGCACAAUUAUCUGCCUCACUAUCUAACAUAGUGAGAUGAUUUUACUCUAAAUUAAUUAUUUUAAAUUGUUUAAAACAAGUAAUGUUUGGAAAUAAGUUAAAUAAUCUUAAACUAAGUUUAUAACAAUCUCAAGAGGAGAAAUAUUAACAUAUUGACAAUUUGAGAAUUUUACUUGACACGAUACCAUUUUUGCUGUGUGAGCUUCAUGCAAUCUUGCAUGAAGAACAUUUCAAAAUACCAGUAUGUGAGAGGUCUGUCAAUUUCAGUUUGGAUGUAUAAAGUGCAAUAUGUGAGAUUAAAUAUGUAGUAUUAUAAACAAGAUAGUGUUUAUAUCUUGUUUCAUCUGUGCAUUGCUGUCCUCUUACCUGGCCUGCAUUGUAUGCCACUGACCAUAUAUAUAAUGAAAAGUUUAUUACCAAAUCUUUUAACCCAUCUUAUUGUUUAUCGUUAAAUGAUUAAGGGGUUUCUCAUUCAUUCCGAUUCAUUGGCAGUGUAGAAUGUUUUUAUUUUUCCAUUCAAACGUGCUAAAAUGUUUGUUUUAUACAAAUGAAAUGUAAAAAGAGAUCAUUUGGUAUGCCUUUAAGUAACCUAUUAUAAAAAAGAUGAAGCUUCAGCAGGGUUUGGUGAAAAAAAUGAAGGGCAAAAUCAAAUGUUAUGUCUAAAAAUAUUUUUUUUAAAGAAAUCUUAAUAAACAUUAAAAAUCUGUUAAUGA